AGCGCGCUUAAUCCGGAAGAACAGUCACGGCUCGGGCUGGGCACAGUCUGUAUCGGCCAUAGGAGGCGGCCAUUUUCCAUGCGAACGGAGGAGACACGGAGUCGCCCCUUUCUCCGGAGGCCGAGCCCGGAAGGGCUGAGUAGCAGGGGCUGCCAGCUGUGAACAGAGGGCCGGUGCCCAGCCGGCCUCAACGAGGAUGUUUUCUUUUCCCACCACGGUGCAGCCCCAGGUGACAGUUCCUCUGAGUCACCUCAUCAAUGCCUUCCAUUCACCCAAAAGUCCAGCUCCAUCUUUCACUGCAGCGUCCAUCAAGUGUGUGCAAAGGGAAGCAGCUCCUGAACAUGAUGUACAGAACACUGAGCCAACGCUUAAUCUACGAGAUCUAGGACUACCUGAUUUGAAAGCUAGCCAGCUUGAUGAACUAGUGGACAGGCUACUUCCUGGCUGUUGUAUAGAAAAGAAAACCCCUUCCCACUGGCAGACGUCAUAUAUAUCUGCACAGUCCUUCUUUGAAAAUAAGUAUGGUUUUGCAGAUGUGUUUAGUGUUUUGCGCUCAUCUUAUCUAUAUGGACAGCAUCCUAGCCCUCUCCAGAAUGUAUGCAAAAAUCUUCAACGCUGGCCAGUUUUUGUUCAGUCUCGAGGUUUUAAAACCCUGAAAUCAAGAGCAAGACGACUGCAGUCCACAUCAGAACGAUUAACAGAAACGGAAAAUGUAGCACCCUCAUUUGUAAAGGGUCUUCUGCUGAGAGAUCGAGGAACUGAUUUUGAAAGUUUAGAGAAAUUGAUGAAAACAAAAAACAUACCUGAAGUUCAUCAAGAUGCUUUUAAAACUGGGUUUGCAGAGGGCUUUUUGAAAUCACAGGCACUCUCACAGCGUACAAAUGAUUCCUCAAGACGAAACCGUUACAUUCUGGUUCUUCUGAUAAUGCUUAGUAUUUAUGGUUUAUUUAAAAACCCAUAUUUAUCUGGUAAAGGCUCCUUUUCUGAUACUGUGCGUUUUCGAGCAACUUCUGGGCUUGAUGCAGCAGUGGACCCUAUUCAGAUGAAAAAUGUCACCUUUGAACAUAUCAAAGGAGUUGAAGAAGCUAAGCAGGAGUUGCAGGAAGUGGUAGAAUUCUUGAGAAAUCCUGAUAAAUUCACGAUACUAGGAGGUAAACUUCCUAAAGGUAUUCUUUUGGUGGGACCACCUGGUACUGGCAAAACCCUUCUUGCCAGAGCUGUGGCUGGAGAAGCUGAUGUUCCAUUCUAUUAUGCCUCUGGGUCUGAGUUUGAUGAGAUGUUUGUUGGUGUGGGAGCCAGUCGUAUCAGAAAUCUGUUUAGGGAGGCCAAAGCAAAUGCACCUUGCGUUAUAUUCAUUGAUGAACUGGAUUCUGUUGGUGGCAAAAGAAUAGAGUCUCCAAUGCAUCCCUACUCAAGGCAGACUAUAAAUCAGCUCCUUGCUGAAAUGGAUGGCUUUAAACCUAAUGAAGGAGUCAUUAUCAUUGGUGCAACAAACUUCCCCGAAGCAUUAGAUAAUGCUUUAAUACGUCCUGGCCGCUUUGACAUGCAAGUUACAGUGCCCAGACCAGAUGUUAGGGGCCGAACAGAAAUCCUGAAAUGGUAUCUUAAUAAAAUAAAGUAUGAUCAAUCUAUUGAUGCAGAAAUCAUUGCAAGAGGUACAGUAGGAUUUUCUGGAGCUGAGCUGGAAAACCUUGUGAAUCAAGCUGCAUUAAAAGCUGCUGUUGAUGGGAAAGAUAUGGUUACUAUGAAGGAGCUAGAAUUCUCAAAGGACAAAAUUCUCAUGGGCCCUGAGCGAAGAAGUGUAGAAAUUGAUGAUAAGAAUAAAAUACUUACUGCCUAUCAUGAGUCUGGGCAUGCCAUCAUUGCAUAUUAUACUAAAGAUGCAAUGCCAAUUAACAAAGCAACAAUUAUGCCAAGAGGACCAACACUUGGACAUGUAUCUUUGCUACCAGAAAAUGAUAGAUGGAGUGAAACUAGAUCCCAGUUACUUGCGCAGAUGGAUGUUAGUAUGGGAGGAAGAGUAGCAGAAGAGCUCAUAUUUGGAGGUGAUCAUAUCACCACAGGUGCUUCUAGUGAUUUUGAUAAUGCUACUAAAAUAGCUAAGCUUAUGGUGACUAAGUUUGGUAUGAGUGAGAAGCUUGGUGUCAUGACCUACACAGAUACAGGGAAACUCAGUCCUGAAACCCAGUCUGCAAUUGAACAGGAAAUAAGAACACUGUUAAAGGAUUCGUACGAACGGGCAAAGAAUAUCCUGAAGACCCAUGCAAAAGAACACAAGAAUUUAGCAGAAGCGUUACUGACCUACGAGACUUUGGAUGCCAAAGAGAUUCAGAUUGUUCUAGAGGGGAAAAAACUGGACGUGAGAUGAUAGCUUCCUUUUCAAAGGUUCCAACUGAUUACUCUGAAGAAUGCAGCAGUCUCCUUAUGCAGUGUAGCUUUCUUUUCCUCCUGAUGUGUGUGUGGUAAUAAUCACAUUUCUUAAAGGAUAAACAUUUGUCUUGUGAGCUUUUGUUACAUCUUACUUAAUUUUUGCCUUUCCUUAGAAUUAGAUGCAAGGAGCAAAUGAAGUUCCCAAAGACAGAGGGCAUACAAUCUCAGGGUUCAGUCCAGCUUCUUUGGAAACCUCAAGUACUGAAGCAGAAUAGUUCAUUCUUAAUAUAUCUUCCCUGGUUUCACUCUGCUUCCUGUGGAUUGGCAAUGUAGCUGCUUGAUAUAUGUGAUCUAGCAGCUUGAGACACCUUGAAAUGCUGUAGGAUUUACAGCUUGCAGAGAAACGACCUUUCACUCCGUUUAUAAAACCUUCAUUUAUCAUUUAGAAAGGCAGUGGAAUACAAUUAAAUGAUGUUUUUAGCAGGUCAUAUAGACUGCAGAAAAAUGGAAAUGGGUAUCCUUGAAACAGAGCUACGCAUUUUUUCAUUGGGCUUCAUACAUGUGCCCAGGAUCCCUUUGAGCAUGGUAAGAGGGCAGAGAAAUAAUAGGGCUUUUCUGUUUAGCUGCCUUUGAACCAUGCUGUAGAAUUUUACUGUUUUGAGCAGGGGGUGGGGGAAACAGUGUACUGUCACCUUUGAGACAGUAUUGGAAGAUGUUUCCACUUUUAUUUAAGUGGCAUAGCGUUUUGACUACAGUGCUUUGCUGUUGGCUGUACUGUUGGAUUUAUUUUUUUAAGUGAUGUGUUUAUGGCUGCUUGAGGACCCGCUCAGUGUUCCCAUAGGGCUCGUAUUUAUCAGAGUACUUAAGAAUACUCUUCUUGUCCCUUGUAGUCACAUUCCCUUUUCCAAUAAAAUGCCACUUUUGUGGCUGAAGAGUUCAAGCCUUUUAGCCCAAGUUAUAUUGUCCGAAUACACAUAGCAAAGUAUGUUCAAGCAUCUAAAACAUGUUAGAAUUGGGGAUGAGAGUGAGAAAACAAAUGUUAGUAAUAUACUUUUUCCGUUGAACUCUUUUGUGGGAGAACUGAUAAUUGGUAGACCAUUCACCCUACAGUUUCCAUUCUAAAAAUAUCUCUUUAAAAAGAUAUUUUUGUGCCAAUAAAUGAAAGGAAUUGGCAGUGAAUUCCAUAAAAAAUAGGUCUAACAUGUCGUCAUAGUGCAGCUUAUAGUGCAAUUAUAUUUUUAAUUGGUAAAGAAUUCUGUUUCCUUAAGCAAAAUUAGGAUUUCAAUACAUUUUUUCUCACUUUUUCCAUUCAGUCAACUUAGUAACACAUGGAAGGACCUCAGGGCAGUGGCUGACCUCCGCACUAUUGCACGCCGAAAAACAUUUUGCAUCCACAACAGAGGGGCAAUUUUUGCCAAUCUCCCCUUUCCUCUGCAGCCCACUGCACCUCUUGGAAAUAGAGUGUGGCUCUCAGGUGACUUAUUUUGGGGAGGCACAGUGAUGUGCAGAGGGAAGGGGGAGAUAGGUGAAAAUUAGCCCCCUCUCCUUCAUCCAUGUGAAAGAUUAGUUUGGGUUUCAGCCAGUUUCUUUAAACAAAACACAACAAGUUGUGCUCACUCAUUACAAACAUAUUCUUUUGUAGUAACCUGCAGCAAAAAUGUGCAAAUCCAGCAUGCUUGGCACCAUUUUUUUUUAAAAUAAAGGUUUGUUUCUGUUAUGCAGACUGCUUUUUUCCUUCUCUCCCACUGUAAAUGGCUUUAAAAUGUGAUUCUGGUUUCCCUCAAAUGUAAAUGGAGGUGUACAAAACAUCUUGAACCUGUAAAUAAAUUUAAGAGUUAAUCAAAAAGUGUUAUUUUUUGAGUUGGAUUAAAGUUUAUCUUUAACUUUCA